GAGAAGACAUAUCGGUCGAGUUCGAGUAGCUAGGAGAGACGGUAGCAAUGGGUGCGUGGGCAUGGUGGCCGGGUCUCCUGUUCGGCGCCGUCCCACUGCUCUGCCUCGCCGCCUGGCACUUCACCGACGCAUGGCACUGCGCCGCCUUCGCUCUCAAAUACCGCGGCCGUGGCAGCAAGGGCAGCCGGCAGCGCCUCCCGCCGGGACACAUGGGCCUCCCCUUCCUCGGCGAGACGCUCUCGCUGCUCUGGUACUUCAAGCUGGUCCGCCGCCCGGACGACUUCAUCGGCGCCAAGAAGAGCGCGUACGGCGACGGGGUGGGACUGUACAGGACGCACCUGUUCGGCUCCCCCAGCAUCAUCGCCUGCUCCCCGGCCGCCAACAAGUUCGUGCUCCAGUCUGCCGACAGCUUCGGCAUCCGGUGGCCGGUGCCGGAGCUCGUCGGCAUAACGUCCGUGGGGAACGUGGAGGGCGCCAGCCAUGCCAGGCUACGCGGGUUCAUCCUCGCCGCUAUCAACAAGCCCAGUUCGCUCCGCACCAUCGCCACCGUUGUGCAGCCGCGCAUCAUGGCGGCGCUGCAAACGUGGGCAGAUAAGGGUACCAUUGUCGCCGCCACUGAGAUCAAAAAGGUGACGUUUGCUAACAUCUGCAAGAUGUUCGUGAGCAUGGAACCCUCGCCUAUGACAGACAAGAUCGACCAAUGGUUUGGCAGAUUGCUUGAUGGCCUGAAGGCAUUCCCAUUAGAUUUACCGGGGACGACAUCUCGCGCCGGUCGAAAGUGUCGUCGGAAGUUGAAUGCGGUCUUCCAGGAGGUGUUGGAGGCAAGGAAGAAGGUGCACACGGGGUGUGAUGAUUUGAUGAGUGGACUAAUGCAGAUGGAGGAUGAGCAGGGGAAGAAGCUGAGCGACAACGAGGUGGUGGAUAACAUCGUCUCCCUCGUUAUCGCCGGCUAUGAGUCCACUACCACUGCCAUCAUAUGGGCUACUUACCACCUUGCAAAAUCCCCCGUUGUCCUUGCCAAGCUUCGAGAGGAGAAUGUAGAAAUGAACAAAAGCAAAAGUGGUUCGACAUUGGCGAGUUUGAUGAUCACCUACGACGACAUCCCAAAGAUGAAGUACACGACGAAGGUGGUCGAGGAGACAAUCCGAAUGGCCAACAUCUCCACAAUGGUCUUUCGCGUGGCGAACAUGGAUGUGGAGUACCACGGCUACACCAUACCGAAGGGGUGGCCGGUGCUGGUGUGGUUGAGGUCAUUGCACACCGACCCCAAUUACUACCAGGACCCCCUUACCUUCAAUCCCGACAGAUGGGAGGAACCAGCAAAGCCAGGAACAUACCAGGUGUUCGGAGGUGGCAGCAGGAUCUGCCCAGGCAACAUGCUUGCCAGGAUGCAGAUCACCAUCAUCCUACAUCAUCUCUCCAUCGGCUAUGAAUGGGAGUUGCUCAAUCCUGAUGUAGAAAUCAAUUACCUUCCACACCCAAGGCCAGCGGAUGGUACAUCCAUGGCCUUCCGUAGACUUAGCACCUAA